GACAGGGAUUUCCUUAUGGGAAAAGGGGCGCUGCUUUGUCAGCUCAUCCUGCCCCCCUCCUUUAACAUUUUUUUUUGCACUGCUUAUAUAUAUCUGUCUUUUGGGGAAGUCCUUCAGAGAACUAGAUCUUUCAGGACCAAAGAUGGGGCUCAAAUCUGCAAUCUAUUCAAUCAAUGCUUGAAAGAGAUCCAUAUGGAAGGUUGUGGCCAGGUAAAGUGGGCACCGCCGUCUUCCGCAUCUUUGGUACAACCUUCGGAACCAGAUCCGUGGCAGACUUCAGAUCCUGAAGUGCCCAGAGAAGCGGGUUUGGGAGAGCCGCCCCACUUCGGGAUCCCUCCAAGAAAUGGCCUUCAAGCACCACAAGCUUUGGAGACGAUCGGCGAUGAUGCCUACCCGGAUUCUCCGCAUCCGAUGGUGCCUACCAAGAGCGGGCAAGCGUACACCUGCCCUCCGGACCGGUCGGUCUCUGGUUCCUCCGCUUGCUCCUCUCUCGCUGGGUCGUCACAGGAGUCGGACGAGGUGUUCAGCGACGCGGAGAAGAACCCGGCGGAGAAGAGGCGGCUGCUGCGGAAGACGAAAUCCUGGAAGACCUUCUUCACCAUGGUGCACUGGUCCGUGCGAAGGCGCAGUUCCUGGGUCCAGCUGGCUGGGCAUGAAGGGAAUUUCAAGCCCAGCGAAAGAGGGCAGAUCCUGAAGAAGUUCAGCCCGGUGGAGGACGCAUGCCUGGCCGCACUGAUGACCGACGUCCUGCACCCCUUUGUGCCGGCCUACCACGGGGUGGUGGAGGUGGCCGGCGAGCGCUACAUCCAGAUGGACGACCUGCUGAGCGGACUCGACAUGCCCAGCAUCAUGGACUGCAAAAUGGGCACAAGGACGUACCUGGAGGAGGAGCUCGGCAAAGGGCAGCAGCGUCCGCGUCGGGACUUGUACCAGAAGAUGGUGAAGGUCGACCCCUUUGCGCCGUCGCCCGAAGAACGCAGCCAAGGAGCUGUCACCAAAUCCCGGUACAUGCAAUGGCGAGAAGGGAUCAGCUCCAGCGCCACCCUCGGCUUCCGCAUCGAGGGCGUCACGAUCGAGGGGGGAGCGGUACAAAGGGAUUUUAAGCAGACCCGGACCGAGGACGAAAUUGUGGAGGUCUUCUUGACGUUCACCAAGUGUCGUCUGGACAUUCUGAGCAUUUACUUGUCCCGCCUGGAAGACAUGCGCAAAACCCUGGAGGAGUCCAUCUUCUUCAAGACCCAUGAGGUGAUCGGCAGCUCCUUGCUGUUCCUCCACGACCGGAAGGGCCACGCCAGCGUCUGGAUGAUCGAUUUCGGGAAGACGCUGCCCGCCGCCGAGGGCCGCCUCCGCCAUGACGUGGCCUGGACCCACGGCAGCCACGAGGACGGCUACCUCAUUGGCCUGCGGAACCUCACCGGCACCAUGCGGAGCGCCCGGCAAAAGAUUGCUGAUGGGCAAAGGUCACCAUCCGAGCAGCCCUGAAACGGCCGGUUCUUCCGCCCGGCUAUGUCAACCGUGGUUUCACAAACCCGCAAAAGAAUGGGAGAGAUCUACGGAGACUUCCGAACGGUCUCUGAUUUUUGUGGUGUUUGUUGGGGGUGGCAACCUGUUUUCCUUUGAAGGUUGGGGGGACGCCAGCUGUGCCACUGGUCAAGCGAGGACACCGAAUGCCCUUCAAUACAGGUCAUCUAAUCCUAUAAAAUUGGCCAUCCAGUCCAACCGCUUUUUCCAUCCAGGAAGACACAAUCCAAACCCUCCCAACAGAUGGCCAUCUGCUUAAAAACCUCCAGAGGUUUAUUAUACAAGGGGAUUACAGUAUGUAACAAAAUUUGAAAAAGAAAUAUUCUGCUCCUGGUUUGAAAGUGUUAUUUCCUGUCUAAUGGUGCAUUCCAGACUUUGAAAGUCAUCGUUCUACUCCCGAAACUUUGUUUUUGUGGCUACCACAAAAUAAGUUGAAUUGGUUGAGACUCCAUGAGAUCUUCAUUGAAACGCUAAAGCAAAAUGAAAAGCACACGUCUGUGUUUUAGAUGGAUUAGGAAUGAGCUAGUUUCCCCUGAAAUAGGCAGUAAGAGCACCUAAAGCUUCAGAGAGCUUCUGUUUGACCAUUUCAAAGCUCCCUGCUUGGGUGGUGAUGGCACUAUCGUCAGCGUAGAUGGAUUAGGAAUCGGCUGGUUUCCCCUCUAAUAGGCAAUAAGAGCACCUAAAGCUUCAGAGAGCUUCUGUUCCACCAUUUCAAAGCUCCCUGCUUGGGUGGUGAUGGCAUGAUCGUCAGCGUAGAUGAAACUCUCUGUCCCUUCUGGUACUGGCUGGUCAUUUGGGGAAAUGUUAAACAUGGAUGGAGAAAACAGAGAGGAGGGAGAAGGCUUGUUUUCUGCUUCCCUGGAGACUAGGACGCAAUAGAACAAUGGCUUCAAACUACAAGAAAGGAGAUUCCACCUGAACACUAGGAAGAACGUCCUGUGAGAGCUGUUCAGCAGUGGAACUCUCUGCGCUGGAGUGUGGUGGAGGCUUUGAAACAGAGGCUGGAUGGCCGUCUGUCGAGGGUGCUUUGAAUGAGAUUUUCCUGCUUCUUGGCAGAAUAGGGUUGGACUGGAUGGAUCACUAGGUAUCUUCCAAGAUCCUGAACAGGACCAGGCCCAUAACCCUGCGAACGGCACUCCACUCAUCACUCCGCUCGUCACUUCUUUCCAUGACCAAGAGGAAGCAUGAGGGAGAAUUAACCAAUUCCAGAUCCAUCUAACCGUAGCUCUUGGCAGAAUGGGGUUGGACAGGAUGGCCCACCAACCAGGUCUCUUCUAAGAUCCUGAACAGGACCGGGCCCAUAACCCUGCGAACGGCACUCCACUCAUCACUCCGCUCGUCACUUCUUUCCAUGACCAAGAGGAAGCAUGAGGGAGAAUUAACCAAUUCCAGAUCCAUCUAACCGUAGCUCUUGGCAGAAUGGGGUUGGACAGGAUGGCCCACCAACCAGGUCUCUUCUAAGAUCCUGAACAGGACCGGGCCCAUAACCCUGCGAACGGCACUCCACUCAUCACUCCACUCAUCACUUCUUUCCAUGACCAAGAGGGAGCAUGAGGGAGAAUUAACCAAUUCCAGAUCCAUCUAACCGUAGCUCUUGGCAGAAUGGGGUUGGACAGGAUGGCCCACCAACCAGGUCUCUUCCAAGAUCCUGAACAGGACCGGGCCCAUAACCCUGCGAACGGCACUCCACUCAUCACUCCACUCAUCACUUCUUUCCAUGACCAAGAGGAAGCAUGAGGGAGAAUUAACCAAUUCCAGAUCCAUCUAACCGUAGCUCUUGGCAGAAUGGGGUUGGACAGGAUGGCCCACCAACCAGGUCUCUUCCAAGAUCCUGAACAGGACCGGGCCCAUAACCCUGCGAACGGCACUCCACUCAUCACUCCACUCAUCACUUCUUUCCAUGACCAAGAGGAAGCAUGAGGGAGAAUUAACCAAUUCCAGAUCCAUCUAACCGUAGCUCUUGGCAGAAUGGGGUUGGACUGGAUGGCCCAGCAGGUCUCUUCCAAGAUCCUGAACAGGACCGGGCCCAUAACCCUGCGAACGGCACUCCACUCAUCACUCCACUCAUCACUUCUUUCCAGGACAAAGAGGAAGCAUGAGGGAGAAUUAACCAAUUCCAGAUCCAUCUAACCGUAGCUCUUGGCAGAAUGGGGUUGGACAGGAUGGCCCACCAACCAGGUCUCUUCCAAGAUCCUGAACAGGACCGGGCCCAUAACACUGCGAAUGGCACUCCACUCAUCACUUCUUUCCAUGACCAAGAGGAAGCAUGAGGGAGAAUUAACCAAUUCCAGAUCCAUCUAACCGUAGCUCUUGGCAGAAUGGGGUUGGACUGGAUGGCCCAGCAGGUCUCUUCCAAGAUCCUGAACAGGACCGGGCCCAUAACCCUGCGAACGGCACUCCACUCAUCACUCCACUCAUCACUUCUUUCCAUGACCAAGAGGAAGCAUGAGGGAGAAUUAACCAAUUCCAGAUCCAUCUAACCGUAGCUCUUGGCAGAAUGGGGUUGGACAGGAUGGCCCACCAACCAGGUCUCUUCCAAGAUCCUGAACAGGACCGGGCCCAUAACACUGCGAAUGGCACUCCACUCAUCACUUCUUUCCAUGACCAAGAGGAAGCAUGAGGGAGAAUUAACCAAUUCCAGAUCCAUCUAACCGUAGCUCUUGGCAGAAUGGGGUUGGACUGGAUGGCCCAGCAGGUCUCUUCCAAGAUCCUGAACAGGACCGGGCCCAUAACCCUGCGAACGGCACUCCACUCAUCACUCCACUCAUCACUUCUUUCCAUGACCAAGAGGAAGCAUGAGGGAGAAUUAACCAAUUCCAGAUCCAUCUAACCGUAGCUCUUGGCAGAAUGGGGUUGGACAGGAUGGCCCACCAACCAGGUCUCUUCUAAGAUCCUGAACAGGACCGGGCCCAUAACCCUGCGAACGGCACUCCACUCAUCACUCCACUCAUCACUUCUUUCCAUGACCAAGAGGGAGCAUGAGGGAGAAUUAACCAAUUCCAGAUCCAUCUAACCGUAGCUCUUGGCAGAAUGGGGUUGGACAGGAUGGCCCACCAACCAGGUCUCUUCCAAGAUCCUGAACAGGACCGGGCCCAUAACCCUGCGAACGGCACUCCACUCAUCACUCCACUCAUCACUUCUUUCCAUGACCAAGAGGAAGCAUGAGGGAGAAUUAACCAAUUCCAGAUCCAUCUAACCGUAGCUCUUGGCAGAAUGGGGUUGGACAGGAUGGCCCACCAACCAGGUCUCUUCCAAGAUCCUGAACAGGACCGGGCCCAUAACACUGCGAAUGGCACUCCACUCAUCACUUCUUUCCAUGACCAAGAGGAAGCAUGAGGGAGAAUUAACCAAUUCCAGAUCCAUCUAACCGUAGCUCUUGGCAGAAUGGGGUUGGACUGGAUGGCCCAGCAGGUCUCUUCCAAGAUCCUGAACAGGACCGGGCCCAUAACCCUGCGAACGGCACUCCACUCAUCACUCCACUCAUCACUUCUUUCCAGGACAAAGAGGAAGCAUGAGGGAGAAUUAACCAAUUCCAGAUCCAUCUAACCGUAGCUCUUGGCAGAAUGGGGUUGGACAGGAUGGCCCACCAACCAGGUCUCUUCCAAGAUCCUGAACAGGACCGGGCCCAUAACACUGCGAAUGGCACUCCACUCAUCACUUCUUUCCAUGACCAAGAGGAAGCAUGAGGGAGAAUUAACCAAUUCCAGAUCCAUCUAACCGUAGCUCUUGGCAGAAUGGGGUUGGACUGGAUGGCCCAGCAGGUCUCUUCCAAGAUCCUGAACAGGACCGGGCCCAUAACCCUGCGAACGGCACUCCACUCAUCACUCCACUCAUCACUUCUUUCCAUGACCAAGAGGAAGCAUGAGGGAGAAUUAACCAAUUCCAGAUCCAUCUAACCGUAGCUCUUGGCAGAAUGGGGUUGGACAGGAUGGCCCACCAACCAGGUCUCUUCCAAGAUCCUGAACAGGACCGGGCCCAUAACACUGCGAAUGGCACUCCACUCAUCACUUCUUUCCAUGACCAAGAGGAAGCAUGAGGGAGAAUUAACCAAUUCCAGAUCCAUCUAACCGUAGCUCUUGGCAGAAUGGGGUUGGACUGGAUGGCCCAGCAGGUCUCUUCCAAGAUCCUGAACAGGACCGGGCCCAUAACCCUGCGAACGGCACUCCACUCAUCACUCCACUCAUCACUUCUUUCCAUGACCAAGAGGGAGCAUGAGGGAGAAUUAACCAAUUCCAGAUCCAUCUAACCGUAGCUCUUGGCAGAAUGGGGUUGGACUGGAUGGCCCAGCAGGUCUCUUCCAAGAUCCUGAACAGGACCGGGCCCAUAACCCUGCGAACGGCACUCCACUCAUCACUCCACUCAUCACUUCUUUCCAGGACAAAGAGGAAGCAUGAGGGAGAAUUAACCAAUUCCAGGAAAAGCAUGACAACCUCCUACCAGAUGCUCAUUGCUAUUCUCUCCCACUGCCACCCCACCCCAUCCCUUUUGCAAACUGCUUUGUAAUAAAUACACACUGUUUAUGGUUGGGAGACGUAGUUUGGCAACGAAACGGGAGUGGGAGGGAAGUAUAGCCUUACUCGACCGACGGAGGAAAAUACAUAAAUAAAUAAAUUGGAUAAUGGUA